AUGAUUGUUACGUUCUUUAAAUAUUCGAAAAAAAAAAUUGUUGGAAUUUUUGUCAGCUCAACAGGAAACGGUACAAAUAAUGAAAGCACAACAAAAAAAGGUGAAAAUAAUGAAAUAGAUAUAGAGGAAACAGAUAAUACUUCGAUUUCAGAUGUAAUGUCAUUAAAUGUUCCUGAUGUUCCUAAUCAAGAGGAUUCUGGCCAGUCUUUAAACGAAAUUACGAAUGAAUUAAGCGAAAACGAAAAAAUUCUUAAAACAAUUGGGCAAGAUUUAGUGAAUACAGAAAACAUUUCUUUAAUAAUAAAGGACAUUUUUGAAGAUGGCAAAUUAUUUAAUGAUUCUGACAAAAUUUCCAGCGAUAUACAAUCCAAAAUUAUUGACAAGAGAUCCGAAAUUCUUCAUAACAUCUCUAUUAAAAUAUCUAAAAAAUUUUAUGUGAAUACUAUACUUUCCGCAGAAAUUUCUCCAGAAAUACAACUUAAAACACUUGAAAAAGAGCCUAAAAAGUUACAACUUACUACAAAAAUAAAUCUUUUAAAAAAAAUAAAGUAUCCUAUGAUAGAAAAAAUAAUUUUUGCUGAGAUACAUAUUGAUGCUGCUAUUAUGUCACUAAAGGAACUUUUCAACAAAUUAUUGGAACGAUUUUGUAACAAAUUGCAAAAAGAAAUCUCAGACAAGAUUCUAGAAAUCAAUGAAGAUUAUCAAAAUCUGAAGAAAGAAGAAGCUCGUAUUGAAAGCUCAAUUAAAUUCCAAGAAAACAAGAAAAAAUUUUCUACCACAGUUUCUGAAUUCAACGAGAAAGAAAAUUUAUCUAAGUUGUCUAAGAAUGCUGAAGCAAUUUCUCCUAAAGCUUCUAAAAAAAUCAAUGAAUUUUCUACUGAAAUUAGUAAUAAUGUAGAGAAAGUGAAAGAAUUUACUAAUAAAGUCACCAAGAAUACAGAAGAAAUCCUUAAGAAAUUUUCUGAUGAAAAAGAAAAAAUAGCGAAAGUUUCUAAGGAAAUCGAAGAGGAAGUGAAAAAAUUUUCUACUGAAAUUUCUAAUACAAUCAAAGAGGAAAUUUUUAGAAAUAUUAAAGGAAGAAUUGAAGAAUAUUUAUACGAAACUCUUGAUGAAGUUUAUUAUAAUUUCCAAUUAUAUGAUAAACCAGAAAGUUAUUAUGGGCAAGAAACUUCUAAUGAAGGACAAACGUCCACUAAACAUAUGUCACUAAUUUCUGUUGAGCAAGGAAUAACAGGAAUAACAAAUGAUAAGAGCGUAAUAAAUUAUAAAACUGAUAAAAUCAGAAACUUAUUUUCUAAGGCAAUGAGAGAAAAACGCACUGAUAUUAUAAACGUCAUAACCGCAGAAAAAGAUAACUUUGCUGAAUUACAGAAAAAUAUAACUGAACGACUGAAAGCAACAUUAGAUAACAAUGAUAGCAAGGACAUAGAUAUGGAACAUAUCAUAUUUAUCAUUUGUGCAAUAAUUGACAGCGAAUCUUUAAUAUUUUUGGAUAACAUAUCAAAAGAUUAUACUAAAAAAGUAAAAGCUCAUGUAGAAAGCAUCAAAAAUGAAGAUAAAAAUAACAAUCAUGAUAUUGAAGAUAGCAAUGCUAAACGCAAAACUGUUGAUCAUUAUGUUAAAGUGUUUAUUGUAUUUAGAGUGUUGGUAGAAGAAUUUGGAGUUCAAACUAAAGGAAAUCUUUAUCCGUAUAUUUUUC